AUGUAGGCGGCAGUCAGUCUAGGGGUCGGAUCACUUGUCUGGGUGGAGGAUCCAGAUGAGGCUUGGAUGGAUGGGGAAGUUAUUGCGGUUACCRGUGAAGAAAUCAAGGUUGCUUCUACUUCAGGCAAGACGGUUGUUGCCAAGUCAUCAAAUGUAUAUCCCAAAGAUGCCGAAGCACCACCAUGCGGAGUGGAUGAUAUGACMAAGCUGGCUUAUUUGCAUGAACCAGGGGUUUUAAAUAACUUAAGAUCUAGAUAUGAUAUUAACGAGAUAUAUACUUAUACAGGGAGUAUAUUAAUAGCUGUAAAUCCUUUCACAAGAUUGCCACAUUUGUAUGAUAGCCAUAUGAUGGCCCAGUACAAAGGGGCAGCAUUUGGGGAAUUGAGUCCCCACCCUUUUGCAGUUGCAGAUGCAGCAUACAGGGUUAUGAUCAAUGAAGGGAUUAGUCAGUCUAUUUUGGUUAGUGGAGAGAGUGGAGCUGGUAAAACUGAAAGCACAAAACAGCUGAUGCGCUAUCUUGCUUACAUGGGAGGUAGAGCUUCUACGGAUGGAAGGAGUGUUGAACAGAAAGUCCUAGAGUCCAAUCCUGUUUUGGAAGCUUUUGGUAAUGCGAAAACUGUUCGAAACAAUAAUUCGAGUCGUUUCGGCAAGUUUGUGGAGAUUCAGUUUGAUCAGAAGGGGAGAAUCUCAGGRGCUGCUAUCAGAACUUAUUUGUUGGAAAGAUCUCGUGUCUGUCAACUAUCGGAUCCUGAGAGGAAUUAUCAUUGCUUCUACAUGCUUUGUGCUGCACCGCCGGAGGAUCUAAAAAGAUACAAAGUGGGAGAUCCAAGGACAUUCCAUUAUCUUAAUCAAUCAAAUAGCUACAAGAUAGAUGGGUUAGAUGAAUCAAAAGAGUACUUUGCUACAAGGAAUGCAAUGGAUGUUGUUGGGAUCAGCUCUGAGGAGCAGGAUGCAAUUUUUAGGGUUGUAGCUGCGAUCCUUCAUCUGGGGAACAUAGAAUUUACAAAAGGAAAGGAAAUGGAUUCAUCUACGCCCAAAGAUGAAAAAUCUUGGUUCCACCUAAAAACCGCUGCGGAGCUGUUCAUGUGUGAYGUGAAAGCUUUAGAGGAUUCUCUAUGCAAACGUGUAAUUGUAACACGUGAUGAGACCAUCACCAAAUGGCUAGAUCCGGAAUCUGCUGCUGUCAGUAGAGAUGCAUUAGCAAAAGUUGUUUACUCGAGGUUAUUUGACUGGCUUGUUGAUAGGAUUAAUAGCUCAAUCGGUCAAGACCCAGACUCAAAAUACAUAAUUGGAGUGCUGGACAUAUAUGGAUUUGAGAGUUUCAAGACAAACAGCUUCGAGCAAUUUUGCAUCAAUUUGACAAAUGAGAAACUCCAACAACAUUUUAAUCAGCAUGUCUUCAAAAUGGAACAAGAAGAAUAUACAAAAGAAGAAAUUAAUUGGAGCUAUAUUGAGUUUAUUGACAAUCAAGAUAUCUUGGAUCUCAUUGAGAAGAAACCGGGCGGCAUUAUAGCUCUUCUAGAUGAAGCUUGUAUGUUUCCCAGGUCAACACAUGACACAUUUGCACAAAAGCUGUACCAAACUUUCAAGAAUCACAAGCGUUUCACCAAGCCAAAAUUGGCUCGUUCAGACUUCACGAUUUGUCAUUAUGCCGGAGAUGUCACAUAUCAAACUGAGCUGUUUUUGGAUAAAAACAAAGAUUAUGUCAUUGCUGAACAUCAAGCCCUCUUGAGUGCUUCCACUUGUUCCUUCGUUUCAAGCUUGUUUCCGAUUUCAUCCGAGGAUUCCUCCAAAUCAUCAAAGUUCUCUUCAAUUGGUUCGCGGUUUAAGCAACAACUGCAACAACUGCUAGAAACUUUGAGUUCAACUGAGCCUCAUUAUAUUCGUUGUGUAAAGCCUAACAAUCUYCUCAAGCCUGCUAUUUUUGAAAAUCAUAAUGUUCUACAACAACUCCGAUGUGGGGGAGUCUUGGAGGCAAUCAGGAUAAGUUGUGCUGGGUAUCCUACCAGAAAACCAUUUGACGAGUUUGUGGAUCGAUUUGGCAUCUUGGCUYCUGAAGUUUUGGAUGGCAACGAUGAAAUUCAUGCUUGUAAGAGGCUUCUGGAGAAGGUUGGACUUGAAGGCUAUCAGAUUGGUAAAACAAAGGUGUUUCUUAGGGCUGGUCAGAUGGCAGAGCUUGAUGCUCGCCGGACUGAGGUCUUAGGUAGAUCAGCUAGCAUCAUUCAGAGAAAAGUUCGUUCAUUUAUUGCUCGGAAAUCUUUUGUAUUGUUACGUCGAUCUGUCUUGCAAAUUCAAUCUGUUUGCCGAGGUGAACUUACUCGGCGAGUUUAUGAAAGCAUGAGGAGAGAAGCUUCUUGUUUACGGAUUCAGAGAAAUUUGCGGAUGUAUCUUGCUAGGAAAGCUUACAAGGAGUUUCRCUUCUCUGCUGUUUCUAUCCAAACAGGUUUACGGGGGAUGGCUGCACGUAACGAGCUUCGAUUUAGAAGGCAGACAAAAGCAGCAAUCCUUAUUCAGAGCCAUUGCCGCAAGUACUUGGCCCRCUUGCAUUUCACCAAGGCAAAGAAGGGUGCAGUUACUAUACAAUGUGCAUGGAGGGGAAAAGUUGCUCGUAAAGAACUACGGAAGCUUAAGAUGGCUGCGAGGGAAACUGGUGCUCUGCAAGCUGCGAAAAAUAAACUUGAGAAGCAAGUUGAGGAACUGACAUGGAGACUGCAGCUUGAGAAGCGCAUGAGGGCUGACUUGGAAGAAGCCAAAACACAGGAAAAUGCAAAACUACAAUCUGCUUUGCAGCAUAUGCAACUUCAAUUCAAAGAGACUAAAGAGUUGCUCGUGAAGGAACGAGAGACUGUCAAAAAGGCAGUUGAAAGAGUCCCAGUCAUCCAGGAGGUCCCGGUUGUUAACCAUGAGCUUACUAAUAAGCUUGCUUCUGAAAAUGAGAAACUCAAGGCUUUAGUCGGUUCUCUAGAGAAGAAAAUCGAUGAUACAGARAAAAAAUAUGAAGAAACAAACAAACUCAGUGAGGAGAGGUUGAAACAAGCUUUGGAUGCUGAGACAAAAAUUAUUCAGUUAAAAACUGCUAUGCAGAGUCUUCAGGAAAAGGUUUCUGACAUGGCAUCUGAGAAUCAGAUUCUUCGACAAAAAGCAUUUUCUUCACCUGCUACUCGUGAUCCACAAACUCCUGAAAUGAAGAGCAUGACAAACGGUCACCUUACAAAUGAGGAGCCACAAACACCUGCUAGGAAUUUGGUGACUGAAUUCGACAGCAAGGUUAAAAGACCACCGAUUGAUCGUCAGCAUGAGAAUGUUGAUGCACUAAUCGAGUGUGUUAUGAAAGACAUUGGAUUCAGUCAAGGCAAACCUGUUGCAGCAUUUACUAUAUACAAGUGCCUUCUCCAUUGGAAAUCUUUUGAAGCCGAAAGGACUAGUGUGUUUGAUCGUCUUAUACAGAUGAUUGGUUCAGCAAUUGAGGAUCAAGAUAAUAACGAACACAUGGCAUAUUGGUUAUCAAAUGCAUCUACCUUGUUGUUCUUACUUCAAAGGAGUCUUAAAUCUGAUGGUGCCAAURCAGUUCGGAAACCUCCACCUCCAACUUCACUGUUUGGGAGAAUGACAAUGGGAUUUCGUUCAUCCCCAUCUUCCGUCAACCUUUCUGCAGCAGCAGCUGCACUUGAGGUAGUACGUCAGGUUGAAGCCAAAUACCCAGCCUUGCUUUUCAAACAGCAAUUAACAGCAUAUGUGGAGAAAAUGUAUGGUAUUAUCCGUGACAACUUGAAGAAGGACUUGGGAGCAUUCCUCACCUCAUGUAUUCAGGCACCACGAGCAUCCAAGGGAGUGCUACGAUCAGGCCGGUCCUUCACCAGAGAUUCUCAAUCCAAUCACUGGCAAAGCAUCAUUGAUUGUCUGAAUACUCUCCUCAGUACAUUGAAAGAGAAUUUUGUUCCCCCCAUAAUCGUUCAGAAGAUAUUUACUCAAAUUUUCUCAUAUAUCAAUGUACAACUAUUUAACAGUCUUYUACUGCGCCGUGAGUGUUGUACGUUCAGCAAUGGAGAAUAUGUUAAAUCUGGGUUAGCAGAGUUGGAGCUGUGGUGUUGUCAGGCAAAAGAAGAGUAUGCUGGCUCAGCUUGGGAUGAACUUAAGCAUAUUAGACAAGCGGUUGGGUUCUUGGUUAUACAUCAAAAGUACAGAAUUUCAUACGAUGAAAUCAUCAAUGAUUUGUGCCCGAUUCUAAGCGUCCAGCAAUUGUAUAGAAUAUGCACUCUUUACUGGGAUGACAACUAUAACACCCGAAGUGUAUCUCCAGAUGUCAUUUCAAGCAUGAGGAUAUUGAUGACCGAGGACUCCAACAAUGCUGCCAGCAAUUCGUUUUUACUGGAUGACAAUUCCAGCAUACCGUUCUCUGUCGAUGAUCUCUCAAGUUCCCUGCAAGUAAAAGAUUUUGCAGACGUGAAACCCGCGGUCGAACUUGUCGAGAAUCCAGCCUUCCAAUUUUUACACGAGUAAAGGCCAUGGAAAUCGUACGUACGUAAUUCUUAUGUUUGCAAAUAUUAAACAUAAGGUUUGAUUGUUGUAAAAAGGUCCAUUCUUUAUUUUCUUUCGUUCUUUUUUAUUUUCCGAACAGUAAAAUUGUUGGGUUCUUUUCUUYUUUUUCGAGCACAUCGAUUGUUAAGUGCCGUAUUUUUGGGGUCGUUAUACGUUUAAAAAUYUCUGCUACUGUUGGCAGCAUUCUUUAUAGGGGGUUAGGAGACRAGGGUCUUGGGUCUUAUAUUUUCUACCCAUUUUGAGUUAUGUAAUGAAAUAUAUACAUAUAUGAUAACGUAUACAAUUAUAUCGU